AUGAGCGACACUGACCAACCGCCGAGCAAGACGACGCUGCUCAAGUGGUCCAAGGCGCUCUCUCGCUUGCUCGGACAGUCCAAGGAGCGGAAACAGCAGGCGCCGUCGCGAGGAGGAGCGCUCCCUCCGUACUCUCCACCAGCACGAGGGCUCGAGCCGGGCCAGGACGGGCGCGGGCGCGUGUUUGGCGUCAGGCUGGAGGAGAGUCUGCAGUAUGCGAGUGUCGCAAUCUCCAUGGUCGCGCCAGACGGCAAUCAGUACGUCUACGGCUACGUGCCAAUCGUCGUCGCCAAGUGCGGCAUGAUGCUCAAGGAGACCGCGACUCAAACCGAAGGCAUCUUCCGCGUUUCCGGCUCGAACAAGCGCAUCAACCAGCUGCAAACCGUCUUCGACACGCCUCCUCGCUACGGCAAGGACUUUGACUGGACAGGGUACAGCGUGCACGAUGCGGCGAGCGUGCUGAGGCGGUACUUAAACUCGCUUCCCGAACCCGUCAUCCCUGCUGGUCUCUACCUCGACUUUACAGCCGUCCUUCAGAAACCCCAACCCAUCGCCGCCUCCAUCGCCGCCUACCGACACCUCAUCUCGCUCCUCCCUCCCGCCUCUCGCUACCUCCUCCUCUACCUCCUCGACUUUCUGUCCGUCUUUGCCCGUUGCUCCGACAAGAACCUCAUGACCGCCUCGAACCUCGCCGUCGUCUUCCAACCCGGCCUCGUCUCCUCCCGCUCCGGCGGCCAGAACGCCCUGCUCGGCUUUCCCGGUUUCGUCGAAGGCAAGCCGCCUCCAAGCGGGAGCGCAGGCGCGGUCGCUGCAGCUGCUGCAGCAGCACGAGCUGGCGGUGCGCAGGAGCAGGCCGGCGAACACGGUCGAGGGAAGGAGGUCCUCGAGUUCCUCAUCGAGCAGCAGGCGCACUUCAUGCUCGGUCUUGAGCCGCCUGUCGACGAGGAGCGCCAGAAGCGCAAGGGAGUCGAGGCGGUUGGUGCGCCUCAAGCGGUUCAGAGUAUCGCUGCGCAGGAGAUUCUCGAGCGUCAGGCGCAGGAGAAGGCGGCUGCUGGUGCGAAGGACCUUCAUAGGCGAGGAAGCGAGAAGAGCGUCGAGCGGAGACGGCUGCGCAAGUCGGCGGAUACGAAGGAGGGCGGAAAGGUCAAGCGGAGCAAGACUUGGGGUAGCUCGACCCGAAGAAAGAGGGCAGAAGGUCGUGAUGGCUCCCCUUCCCCGAACGUGACUCCCGCAACACAUUCGCCGCAGCCUCCCUCUACUGCCACCCUCGCUCCUCCCUCUUCACAGGGCCAUUCACACGGCCCUGCCCUCGCACCUCCUAUCGCUAAUCCCGGCGACACCUCCCCUCGACUGUCGCACCAGCCUUCGGUCAAGAAGGCGCGCAAGUCUGCCGGCUCGACCUCGUCCCCGAAAGUGCAGGCGUCCCCUCUCCCUGCCCCACCUUCGCUGUCCCCUGAACUCGCCGGCGCUCCCGCGCCCUUUGCUCCCCAGAGCCACCUCGCCGCGCCUGGCCAAGAUGCGUCUGGCAGACGAAGCAGUGCGAGCGGAAGCUCUCACGGCCGACGACGACCCAGUGCCGAGCAGCGGUAG